CCGGGCUCCCGCGUUCCGACGCGUGCAUCCUCCCUCCGGCGGCGGGGCUGCUCCUCCCUCCAGCGACGUGGGCACGCGGCACUGCUCCUCCCUCCGGCGGCCCGGCCUUCGCAGCUACGGAGCUGCGGCCGGGAUUGACUGCGGAGCCCCAACCGGAAUGCGGGGCUGCGGCCGCCACGGAUGGUCGCCGACGUCGUCUCGAACCUCUGGUUCGUCCCCGGCGACGGCUCCUAGGACUUGAUUGCUUUUCGCUAUUCUGCUUCGGGGGACUUUGUGUAAAAGUGUAAAAGUGUAGCUCCUUGUUGUAAUUUUUUUGUUUUUUGGACUUUUUGCUGGAUAGGUUCGCCGGGUCCGGUUUACUCGGGACCCGUGUCGGGUCCGGGUCGGAGGGAAAUUCGGACCCGAUGCCGGGUCCGGGUCCGGGUCGCGGGGCAGGUGGCCGGGUCAGGUCUGGUAUGGCGUGACCCGGCUCCGAAACUGACGGGUGCCAUCCGGAAGCACGGCACCGGCCCGUAAGCCUUGCAAUGCUGGAGCUGGAAAAAAAUAGCCGAGCACCAAACCAAAUUAGUUUUUUUGUGAAAUUUCAGCGCAAGGCCUUUUUGACCCAUUAUUUGGCUGCUAGGGAAAAAAAAGAGGCUGCAGGGAUUUUUUGCAGGCCCGCCGGGCUUCCGGUGCCGGCCCGGCCCGAUUGUGCUUUGUGCCACGCCUCGAAGUGGCCAUUUGGUGCCGGCCCGGCCCCUCUGUUGUCAGCUUUGGGGGCCGUGCCCGGGCUAGGCCCGUUAAAUGGAGCCGGGCCUGUUCCGGGCCGGACCGGCCCUAUGGAUCGUGACCGCCCAUGGUUGGGCCCAGUUUGCGGCCCACGACUCCACGAGCAGUACAGCCGUCUCUUGUUCUUCUCCCGGCCACACCCCGAGUCCCCGACCUUUCGCCCGCCGCGCCCCGCCAACGCCGCCGCCCAGAUGCCCCAACCGCUUCCCGGCGUUGCCCCGCCGCGCCCGCAGCAGGCGCAGACCGGCGCACCAUCCGGCCAUCCCGCCACAGCAGCCGUAUGCGCCUCCCCAGCCGCAGAUGCCUCCGCCCCAGCAAGCCGCCGCCCCAGGCUGCCCACUACGGGCCGUGCUCAGGUCCCCGCGGGGCCCAAUGAGUUCAGGACGCUCUGGAUGGUGAACUGCAGUAAUCUGAGCUACCUGCUACUGCUUCCCAGACGGAGGCUCACAAAGACACUACUCCAUCGCCUGCAAAUUCUAAGAUCAGCACCGGGACUGGAAUGCAUGAGUGCAUGACACACGCAAUGGAAAUCUGCUCAAGAUCUUACCCGUACUAACGCCACCAAGGUUAUUGCAGGCGCUGUCUUCCAAUGAGAUACUAACGUUAGCGAGUGCAUGUUCCUUGGGUUGCGCUCUCCUGUCAAUGGUUUCUUCGCCUGCUCGCUGCAUCUUUCCGCAGGUGGAAUGGUAUUCCUUUUUUAUGGAUGUGGAGUAACUAUAAUUGAGAAGAAGGCUAGGACAACGAGGAGAUUUCCAUUGUACAUAUAUUUGAUCAGAUGUUCAGCUUUCCUAUAAUCGUGUGCUCACAUUUGGAAUAGGGCAGGUAGACCAGGGAGGCAAGUUUUCAUAAAGGAGAUGGCUGAGAUUUGGUCUCUCCAUAUAAAAUGGUGUUUUCCAGAAAAGGAAAAAAACAGUGGCACUACACAAGCAUGAUCGGGAGGACUAUCGAGGAAGGCCAUUUAUACAUAUCAGAGUGAGACCAUUCCAGAGAAAUGAUGGCUUUUGGAGAGGAAUUGGGGUUAGUUAUAGUGCAAUUCCAUGGAAUUGGAGAUUGAAUUCUUGUGACCAAUUCCGUGCCAAUCAAACAAGUUCGUUUCUGGAAUUCAAAAUGAAUUCCAGAAUUCUAGGCCCAAAUGGUGGGUGCCAAACGAGCUGGAGGACCGUUGAUUUUCAUUUCACCAUGAUGUGCUUACCAGAGUGGACUUGGUAGGUCACCGUUCUCAUCAUCACGUGCUUACAAUGGUUCCUGAGGAGACCAAAUCAAAGAAGCAAAAAAAUGAGGAUUGCAUCAUAAACUGUCUCCCAAGAGAUCUCAUGGAGCGGCUAUUUUUGAAGCUUCCGGUGAGCACUUUGGUAACAUGCUUUAUUGUGUGCAAGCACUGGUACCACUUCAUCCGAGAUCCCCAGUUUGUCACAUCACACCUCCAGCAUGCACCCCGUUAUGCCCUUCUAUUCUUCCCACAAGAGUUGGCUUCAGGCAAGCUCUACCCUAGUGAUGCUAUCCUGAUUGACGAAGCCUGGUCACCAUCGACAUAUGCAGUGCCGGUUAUUGGGCCUGAUGAUUUCCUUUUUGGUUCAUGUAAUGGGCUUCUUGGAUUAUACACAAAGACAUCGACUAUCAAAAUAGCCAACCUUGCAACUGGUGAAUGCCUACAUCUGGAGAAACCUGUAAAGAAUAUGAGAGGUGAUCACUUCUCUUUCUACAACUUUGGAUUUCACCCAGUGACAGAAGAAUACAAGAUUACACACUUCCUUGGUGAUUGCACGGACACGGAGGCUCACCCCCGUAAUAAGCACAGAUUCAGCGUCAUUCAAGUUUACACACUUGGUGAUGAGAAAUGGAGAGAUGUCCCAACUCCAGAAAUCCUAAGCUUGGACAUAGUGAGAAACUCUGGAGUAGUCAAUGUUGAUGGCAAAAUGUUUUGGCUUACUGAACACAUGACAGCUAGCUGGCAGCAUGCAGUUAUCUCCUUUGAUCUCAAGGAAGAAUGUUUCUCAAUGAUACAACUGCCAGAAGAACGUGAGGAUUAUGCAUAUAUUCAAUAUGGUCCUCGCGAGUUCUGGAUCAGAGAUAUAGACGACAAAAUAUGUAUAGUAACUGCUCAAUGUGCUAGUUUUGAUGGCAGAUUUCUUGUUGGCGAGCUGCAGAUUUGGACUCUAGACAACAUAUUGGAGCAAAGGUGGAGCAAGAAGUACAGUAUUCAGAACCCACCAAAUUACAUACCGGGUCCACAUUUUGUUCACAAGGAUAGGUUGAUGGCACAACUUACCGACUGUAGUGUAUGGUCGUACGAGUUACUUUGUGAGAACUUUGAGAUUAACAAGAGUAAGAUGACAAAGCUGUUAGAUUUCAACCCCCAUAAGCUGCGCCACAUGCAAUCCUACAUCUAUAUGAAGUCACUUGUAAAUUUAGAUGCAUACAAGAAGGCUGGCAUUGUGCGUACGCCAAAACAGCGGGCAGGCUGGGAAUCGAAGAAGUGGGAGGCAUGGGAGGAUGAGCUUCGCAAAGUUGAGGUUAUGGGGAGCCGCGUCCACAAAUUUGAGCAUGACUUGGAAUGCAGGAAAAAAUUGGUAAAUUAUAUGAGCUUUUGCAGCAGAAGAGACACGACGCAGCACAACGUUUACGUGUGGAAAUCAAACAGGUGUUGCAGCAUAAGAGAGACAAUCCAAAUCAAUGUCCUACAGCCAAGGUCCCUCCGGCGGUUUAAUUUCCUGGAGCAAAAACGGGAGAAGGAGAACUUAAUGGCUCGUUCAAGUAGGAUGAUGGAGAUGAUGAAGGCCAUGAAGCAGCUGCAUGAUAAGAUCCAUAGUUUAUUAAGAAGUCCUUUGUCGGAUCAGCGUUCGUUUAUGAACUACCAGGAAGGGCUGCAGUCAGGGAGCGAUGGGGAGGCGCUAAGGGCAGGUGUUGCGCGGCUAAGGCAAGAGGCACCGAUUCAUAAUGAAUCUCGUGGAGUGACGGACACCAUAAGGAUUGAAGCAGCUUCGAGAGAGGAUCAAGCUGAUGAUGAGGACGACAUCAAUAUCUGAUGAUCUGCUCUGACGGGAGUGGAUUCUGAGCGAUUUGAAAAACUUUGCUUUUAAUUUGCAUCAUGGAGUGAUCCUGAGAAUCAUCUGUAAUACUAGCAAACUUCUCUAAACUUACCUUAAACUGCGCGAGUUCUUGCAGCCUUGGGAUGUAAGUACGUUUGGACCUAUAGUGUGUUAACGUAGUGUGAACCUUGUUGAAUCUUGGUUUGUUCCUUUACCUUUGACAGCGGAACCCGGCCAAGUCUUACUCGAAUGGAAAAUAAAAGUAGUUCUAAUAAGA